AACAGACAUUGUAGUCCCGCCUUUCGGUGACAAGGUUGAGUUUUACUUAGUAGUCAGUGAACUCUAGUUGUCGAAGGGAAAUACUCACAUUAGUCUCGUCAUUUGUUGUAUUUUAAUUUAAAGGCGAAUAAGAAGCAUGAAUAGCUUAAUAAGGUAUACUUCUCGGUGUCUGCGGUUCGGAGCAGCGUACUCUCUACCCGGACAAGCCGAAGGACGCCUGUGGACGGCCUCUCAGCGGCUCUUGUGCGUGGCGUCGAACCUCCCGAAAGACCUUGGCGACAUGGUGAAGAAGGACAAGGUGGUGGUUUUUAUGAAGGGGACCCCGGAACAGCCUAUGUGCGGUUUUAGUAACGCCGUGGUCCAGAUUCUGCGGAUGCACGGAGUGGACGACUACGCUGCGUACAAUGUGUUGGCGGACGAGCAGCUUAGAGAAGGAAUCAAAGCGUUCUCCAACUGGCCAACGAUCCCUCAGGUCUACUUCAACGGAGAGUUUGUGGGAGGCUGUGACAUCCUCCUCCAGAUGCACCAGAAUGGCGAUCUGGUGGAGGAGCUAAAGAAGUUGGGGUUCCAGUCUGCACUACUGGAUGCUGAGAAAGACUCCAAGUAGAGGAGGAAGAUGAACUUAAACGUGCUUAAAAAGAGAGGACACAUUUACUUGGUUGAAUCUUCCGUGUUGCACACUAAAGACAAAAUUGACUCUUCUGACUGACAAUAGAUGUGAUUCGAUUACUGUCUGAGCUUCCCUUACGGGACAUGGAAUCUUUUAAAUAAGUUAGAGUCCACAUAAAAUGUUGAAUGUCUCAUCACGGCAUCCUGAGUAAAACUUUUUUUUUUUUACCUAUGUCACUGUAGCUUUAAUACCUAAAACCUGGACUUCCUCAGGAUGACUUGACAAUAUUGUUCAUGUUGGACCAGACAGACAGCAAUGACAUCACACUAGAAAACAUCCAUGUAGGUUUGUAUAAAGAAGGGGCAAUCCUGUCUUGAAUUGUUACUUAUUGAAUUAAAUGAAUAUUGCCAGAAUGAUUUUACAA